AUGGGUUUAUCAGCAUUUUAUGGUAAAAUUGCUCCAGACGAAGAACGAUUUAAAGUUCUUGAUCGUGCCAUUGAACUUGGCAGUACAUAUAUCGAUAGUGCCAAUGCGUAUGGCGAUAAUGAAGAUUUAUUAGGAAAAUAUUUCAAACAAUAUCCUCAUCAACGUGAAAAAGUAUUUCUUGCUACGAAGUUUGGUAUCAUCGUUCUUCCAGAUAACAAACGCGACGUACGAGGUGAUGCUCAGUAUGUCCAUGAACAAUGUGAACGAAGUCUGAAACGUCUUGGUCUCGAUUACAUUGAUCUCUAUUAUGUGCAUCGUAUCGAUAGCAAAGUUCCAAUUGAGGAGACAAUGGGUGCACUAAAGGAACUUGUUCAAGCAGGAAAAAUCAAAUACAUUGGUCUUUCCGAAUGCUCAAGUGAUACUUUACGACGAGCCUGUGCUGUUCAUCAUGUAACAGCAGUGCAAAUCGAAUAUUCACCAUUUAGUAUGGAAAUCGAACACGAACAGAUUGGUCUUUUGAAAACUUGUCGUGAACUCGGUGUCGGUAUUGUUUGUUACUCACCAUUAGGUCGUGGUUUGUUAGGUGGACAAUUGAAAAGUCCCGAUGACCUUGAAGAAAGUGAUUAUCGACGCCAUCUUCCCCGUUUUUCCAAAGAAAAUUUCCCAAAAAACCUUCAAUUAGUCGAAACAUUAUCAUCGAUAGCGAAGAGAAAGAAUUGCACAACGGGUCAACUAACAUUGGCAUGGAUUUUAGCUCAAGGUGAUGACUUUGUUGUCAUUCCAGGUACUACGAAAAUCAAGAAUUUAGAAGAAAACGUUGCAUCUAUACAAGUUGAAUUAAGCAAAGAUGAAGAAAAAGAAAUUCGCGCAGCGUGUGAAAAAGCCGAUGUCGUCGGCGGGCGUUAUCCAGAAGCAUUUAGUUCUGUUUUAUUCGGUAACUCAGCACCAAAGAAAAACUAA